AUGAAAUUAAACAAAAGUGACAGUGCUGUCAUGAAAUGUGUUCGCGUUUAUAGGAAAAUAGCAUUAUCAUUCUUGUUGUAAGGUUCGAAUUAUAAACUUUCAGUGCAAACCCAAUAUUCUAGAGUGGUUGAACGGAAAUUUCUAUAUAUUUUCAACAUGGAAGCCUCAAUUAAAGUUGCCCCUCAAAUGCCUAGCAGCUUUAAGGAAUUUGCCGGUCAUGUUGCACCGCUAGAUGAAAGCUGCUCGGCUCAAUUGCAAACUGUUCAUCCGCUAAAACAGUCCGAGCUGAACUACGAUCAGCACCGGCAAAAUCUGAAUCUGCAAAUGCUACGCAACCGAGAAGGUCUGGCUGCUCCGCUGAAGCUCACGAUGGAACUUAAAUCUAUGUCACGGGUUGGACAUUUACCCUUUUUGCCGUCCACGAAUGUUGGCCGCGAUGUACUGACCGGGCGUGAUGAGUUAGUUGAGUUUGGCGAUAUCUUCAACCUAGAGGAAAAUUCGGAGAUUCUCCGUCAGCCUCACGCAGUAAUGGAGAAGAGACUUGGAAUUCUGUAAGGUACAGUGCUAAACUCUAAAUGAUAAUUCGUUUCUAAUUGGGUCGGUGGAGAAAAUAAAACAAUGUCGAAGGCGCGCGUAUAUUAA